GCUGAAAGGUGGGCCGGUGACGAGACGGCCAACGUCGGGUUGAUCAUGAAGGCAUUCUUCACUGUAGGACACUAUAGUUGGUUAAGAAAUUUACUUUGAAGUAAAAAUAAUUGAUAUCUAACAUUUCCCGUGUCCGUGGCCGGUUUGGAAUUGGAUAAUCGGGUUUGUGCAGUUGAAAGGAUAUACCUUAAAUUUACCCGUGGCGGUAACGAGAGGGAAGAUUGUGAUUAUCGGAAGAGGAGAGAGGACUCGACGAGAGGAGUGCCCACGGCUCGCCUUUCCUAAUUGAUAAGAAAGGAAAUAAGAAACUGGGCCUUCCACUCCAACCAAACAUCAAUGAUUGCCGGCGAUGGUUUGUAAAAAAGAUGUCCUGACAUGGUUUAAAGGAUUGAAAAGCUACAAGCGGACUGAUCUAAUGUGCAGCCUGCUCAAUCUCUGCCUGCCAGUCGAGCUCAGGUUUUUGGGCACAUGCCUCGAGCACCUCGGGAAGAGGGAUUUCCACGAGUUGCGGCAGGCGGAAAGCGAGGCGAACAGCAACCAAGAGCUCAGCUCCCCUGAGACACAGUGUCUCUCCAACCAACAGCUCAGGACGAAGCUCGCCGUCUAUGUGUCCGUCUUGUAUUCCUGCAACUAUUCCUGCAGCAACAACAUCUACAAGAUCCUCACGAAGAACGAAGACGUAGCCGCCCUGCUCAAGGCGAGCGCCGGAGACGAAAACGCCCUAGACGACCUACUACUCGUUUACAUACUCGCCAUAAAUCACCCGGCCUUCUCCUUCAACCAGAAGCUCAAUUUGGAAAAGAUAUUCAGACAACUGCACGAAGAAGAGGCGAAGAGGCUCCACAACAGGUCGAAAUCUUUCAAUCCAUCGCCUCAGGAACAGGAAAAACCCCAGAACCUGACUAUUUUAAAUGACCAAGAGAGAGAAAGGUAUCUUCGAGUUGAGGCUUGGAAAAAGUUGAUAUUAAAAUCACUUAAAGGAAAUACUUUGGGUUACCCGGCUUGUAUAUCACUUGAAGAUGGACAUAUCAUUGGGGUUGGGCCCCAGUUACCGAAUAUGCCUCCAAAUCCUCAUCACCCUGGAGACCAAGGACUUAUAAAUGUCCACGAUGGAAAUGGUGGAAAUGGAACUGUGAGGUUAAGUUUUCCACCGGGUGCACAAGUCCCUCCUCCAGGUGCACCAGCUCCUCUCAUACUGAAUGCAAGCAGUUGGACAGUCAUACAGCCGCCGGCCCCAGGGCCAGGAGGAGAUUCGCCCAUGGCUAGCAGGACUUCAUCUCCAAGCAGUCGUGCCGGCUCUCCAUCUCCUCCACAUAACCAGCAGCCGCAUCAGAUCAGGUUGAAAUUUGCUUCUCCCAGGGUACCACCGCCGGGCGAUGCCCUCAGGGACACCAUAGGUAAAGAAAUGCCAAAAUUUGCCACCCAUUUGCAAAACUUCAGCACCGAACAGCUGUCCCUAAUGUCAGAUGAAGAACUCAAAGAAAUUGGACUGACUCCUUGUGCCAUAAAUCAGUUGAGAUCAAUAUUGUUAACAAAGCAAGUCAUUUUAACUAAUGGUAUAGGCCCUCCACCAACUCAUCAUAUGCUAGAUGUUUCUUCCAAAAAGAAAAUGGAUGCUGUUGAACAAGAUAAUAUGGUAAGGCGGUACCCGAUAGAAGGGAUGGCAAUGUACCCAAUUCCUAGUGCGGGUCUUAUCUGCCAGCCAUCCCAGUGCUACAGCUGUUAUGCUUUCGGUCCAAGGAAGUGUCUACCGAUUCAACACCAUUAUCCUCCACAUUCUGGAAUCGCUCUGGGACCUCCGCCGCCUCCACCGACUACUCUGCCACAACAUUUACACCAGCCACACGGCCCGAUAAACGAUGCAAUGAGGAAUCUUCGAUUAGACAAUGAGCAAAGCAGCGCUUCUGAUACGGCAUCUGAUAAUUCACCUCCUGAUACUCCAGCACCACAACAUCCUGAUGGAACAGUAUUGCCUUCAACAGAAGAUAGGCUGAGCAGCACAAAUAUGGAUGAACGGAGGGGCGGGGUAAAUUCUGGCCAUGGUAGAUCAAGGGGAAUUGGACGCAACAGGAGUAAUCCUCCAGGAAUUCAAACGUUAACACGUGGACGAGGGCCUAAUCAUACCCAGAGGAGGAGGGAUGUAAGUUCUAAUAUGGUAAAUGGAGGAGUGGAUGAAAGGAAAAUGUACCAACAGCAGGGUGGCAAUGGUUCCGGUAGUUCAGUAGUAAACUCGAGUGGCGGCAAUGGAGGCUCUGGUGAACCUACCGGAGCUGCUCCUGGAGGCUACUUCAGUUACAUGAGUCCUUACCUCAGGCCUGCUUAUCCUACUGCAUACCAUCACCCAGCUGCUUACGUGCGCCAUGCGUACCCAACAGCAUAUCACAACGGUGACCUGGUAUACCAAUACCCUUCUGGGCCCCCUCCUCCUGGUGCCAACGCAGCAGGCACUUUUCUACCCCCUCCUCCACCACCUCCUUCUUUCUCCCCUGUUGCACCUCCGCCACAACAGCCCCCUCCUCCACCGUCUCAAGUACUCAAGCCACCUUCCUGCUAUAACUGCGGAAGUCAAAGUCAUGUAGCUAUGGACUGCCCUGAUCCUACGAUAGAAGAAGUUACUAAACAAGGUCAAUAUAGGAUAGACUUCACUACAAAUUUCCAAAAGCAGCCUGGUGAUGUACCAGGGACGGCUGACAAGUGACACUACCAUCCGAACCCAACGUGUAACAUAUGUACAUAGUCUAAUUUUAUAAACAUAGAUGAUAUAAAUAUAUAAAUAUAUGCAUAACAUAUAUAAACAAUAUAAAAAGUAAAAAAAAGUGAGACAGAGCACUUGUCAACUAUUCUAGUUUCUUUUUGGCUUAUAAUGUUAAGGAUAUUUUCUCAAUUUAUUUAAUAUUUGUUUUUGUUUACCAGUUAUAGACUUAUUCGCUCCUUGUCAUUGGUAUCGUUUACCGUAACUGUUGAUAUUUAUUGUUGUUCGAGAGAAAUUGGCAGAUGUGGGCAUGGUAUCUCGUUAAAACUACCAAAAGUAAUACUCACUAAAAUUAAUUUUAAAAAAUAAAAUAAAAUAUCGGUUGUGUGAUAUAUCUUAGAAAAUAAAACUUAGUUGAUUGCAGAAAUGUAGUUAAUGUAUGCCAACUAAUAAUCUGUGACGCCUAGCUUUGUUUUCGGUUAUUUAUUAUUAUUUUUUUGCUAUAUUCACUACUAAAUCACUUAGGCAUUUAUUAUUUUACAUUUUCAUAUCAAAAAGGAAAACGGUGGUUUUUAAAUAAGUUUUUUAUUUUAAUUUUAAUUUUUUUUAAUUACAAGUUUUCUUCAUUCUUGAUUCAAAAUGGUGUAUUAACAUUGAUCUCUCAUGUUCAUGUUUGUGCAGUUCGCAAUUUGUUUUUUGAUUUAAUCAAUUUGUCAAUGCGAUGUCUAGUGAAAACAUGAAAAUAACAGGAAAAAAGUGAAUUUAUUAUACCAUUUUUAUACCUCUGAGGCCUAGAAAAUUUAAUUUAAAAAAGAAAAAAAAGUGCGUUUGUAAACUUUCCGUGUUGUGGUUUUUUUAAUACAGUGUAAAACAUAGACAAUUAUUAACAAAAAAGUUAAAAUAUAUAUUAUAAAGCGCUGGGUCGCUUUAAAAUAGGCUUCAAAUAUUGCUGUAAGUUCUAAAUAUCCCAAUAAAGAAACAAGUUAUUAAAUAUCUUAAAUAAAAGUUAUUAUAUAUUAAUCGUCAUAUCAAACGCAAAGGCUUCAGCCUUCGUGAUUGUAUAUAUACUAAAUAUUAUAAAAAGAAAGACAUGAUGAAACCUUAGUUUCAUUACUGAACUGAAUUGUAAACAAUCAUUUUCCAAAUACGUGUAGUACUUAAAUCGUUGAUUAUUAGAUUUUUUGUUUUUGAGAUAUUGUUUUAAUCGAUUAUAUAUAUUACUUUAAUAUUUAUUACAUUUUUGAUAAUGUUAUUUUGUCAAUUUUCUUACAUUCAGAGGAUUUGUGGAAAGUGAUUUUUUAAAAAAGGUUGAUUUCAGUCUUUUAUUUAUUUAUUUAUAUAAUUUUAU